UAGAGCCCUUUUGUUUCUUUCAAUUCGAUUUGGGGUUCUAAAAGAUCAAGGACUUCGCUUUCUUUCGCUAGGGUUUCGAGGAUUCGGAGAAAUUUUGGAGAAGAUGUUUUGCUUGGUGUGCUUGUUGCCGCUCUUUCUCAUCCCAGCCGUCAACGCGCUGCCUCUUCUCGUCGAUUUCAUCCUCACCAAGGUUUAUGGGCUAUUUGGUUGGGAGUAUAGAAAGCCAGAAAGGGUUCCCCCUGCAUGUCCCUACAGGCCUGCAAGCAACAAGAAUGAUAAGAGCGUAGAAGAAACACCGCAACCACAACCGCAAGUGGACGGAGUAGCUCCAGAGGGCGACAAACAAGAAUGAUACUAUUUUAUCUUGUGGUUGUGUUGUUUUCUUGAUGCCAGAUAAUGGAUCUUUCCUGGUGCAUACAAAUGCCGUUAUACUAAUUUCUGUUGUGAAAAUAAAUUCAUACCUGGGUAGAGUUUAUAUAUUUCCUAUGUACUUGUGUGACUUUUUGGUUUCUCUUCUAUUGAGAAAAAUGAUCUUUAUGAAAUGCAUGGUAUAAAUUAGCGUUGUGGACUA